AGAAAAUGAUUUUUCAAUUUUUAAUGAUUAAAUUUACUGGGUAAUGUCUGCAUCAACUGGUGAAAUUAAUAAAAUAUAUUUUAUUACUAAAAAAAAGACUAACAAAAAUUAACAGAAAAAAAAAAGAGUAUAAUUUAAAUUAAAAAAAAUAAUUUAAAUUAAUUUGAUUGGAUAUUUAUUUAUGGACUAUAAGAUAUGAAGAAUAUUUUUUAUGUAUAAUCAAGUGAUGAUAAUUAUACACAUGAGGAGGUUUUAAUUGUAAGUGAGCUUUAUAAACUGCCAAAAUGGAUGCUAAAUUAAAUAUUCAAAGAAGGAAAAAUCCCAGACAAGGUGUUAAUCCACUGAGUGCUUUGACAUUCACAUGGAUGUUGAAAACAUUCUGGCUUGGUUAUAAAAGAGACUUGGAAAUUGAUGAUCUCACAAGGCCACUGAAGGAACACAAGAGCAGUAUGUUGGGUGAAAAAAUAUCAUCAGCAUGGGAGGAAGAAUUGAGACGUUUUGAUAAAAUAAAUCAAAAGAAAAAAAAUUCGAAAUCAGCACCAAGUUUGAGUAGAGUACUAAUCAAAGUUUUUGGUCCAAAAAUUUUAUUGUAUGGCAUUGUUGCUGCAAUCAUGGAAUUGGGAUUCAGGGUUUUCCAGCCACUUGCAGUAGGAAGACUUUUAAAAUAUUACUCCAAAACAGAUAAUGUUAAUAUGACAAAAGAAGAAGCUUAUCUUUAUGCUGGAGCAGUGAUACUAGCUUCAGCAUUGAGUGUUUUUAUGAUGCAUCCUUAUGUAAUGGCCUUGAAUCACAUUGGAAUGAAAAUGAGAGUGGCAUGUUGUUCACUGAUUUAUAGAAAAACUUUACGUUUGUCAAAAACAGCACUUGGUGAUAUAACAAUUGGUCAAGCUAUUAAUUUACUCUCAAAUGAUGUCAGUAGAUUUGAUAAUGUAAUAAUAUUUCUUCACUAUAUUUGGAUUGGACCAGUGUUGACAGGUAUGGCUAUGUAUUUUAUGUAUCUUGAAGUUGGAUGGCCUGCUGUUGUUGGUGUUGGUUCACUGUUGUUGUUUAUACCAUUACAAGCAUGGCUUGGUAAAAAAUCAUCAACUCUUCGUUUAAAAACAGCAAUCAGAAGUGAUGAACGUGUUAGACUUACCAAUGAAAUUGUCGGUGGUAUUCAGGCUAUUAAAAUGUAUACUUGGGAACAUCCAUUUAGUCGUUUAAUUGAAAAAGCAAGGAAAAAAGAAAUAAAUGUCAUUCGAACGACUUCUUACGUACGAGGUAUUUUAAUAUCUUUUGUUACAUUUACUACAAGAUUUUCAACGUUUAUAACAAUAUUAGUAAUGUUACUUUUAAAAAAUAAUGAUGAUGGAAAUGGCAACAGUAUCAAAGCCGAAAAAAUUUUUAUGUUGACCGCAUAUUUUAAUCUUUUACGUGAAACAAUGACUGAAUUUUUCCCUUUGGGAAUUGCACAGAUAGCUGAAGCUUCUGUGUCAAUAAAACGUUUACAAGAUUUCAUGAUGUAUGAAGAAAUUGGCUCACAAAAAUCGAGACAUCCACAUUUUUCAACAACUUAUCAUCAAGAAACAUUAACGAUAAAUAAUUUAAAUGAAAAAGAAGAGAAAAAAAUUAAUCAUUCAAAUGAUAAUGAGGGUUCAGUGACAAUUGAUAGAGCACAUGCAAGAUGGAUAGCUGAAGAUAGUGAAGAUACAUUGAGUGAUUUGAGUAUGACAGUAAAGCCAGGACAACUGAUAGCUGUUGUUGGUCAAGUUGGUUCUGGUAAAUCAAGUUUAUUAAAUGUUAUAUUAAAAGAGCUGGCUGUCUAUCAGGGAAGUGUUGAUGUCCAGGGUAAUAUUGCGUAUGCAUGUCAAGAGCCAUGGUUGUUUGCUGGUUCAGUGAGAAAUAAUAUUCUCUUUGGUCGAGCACUUGAUCAAAAAAGAUAUGAACGAGUUGUCAAAGUGUGCCAGCUAAAACGAGACUAUCAAUUGUUUCCCUAUGGUGAUAAAACAAUUGUUGGUGAUCGAGGAGUAAGUUUGUCUGGUGGACAACGAGCCAGAAUAAAUCUUGCACGUGCAGUUUAUGCUGAUGCUCCAAUUUAUUUGUUUGAUGAUCCACUGAGUGCUGUUGAUGCACAUGUUGGCAAACACAUGUUUGAAGAAUGCAUUGUAAAAUAUCUCAAGGGAAAAACAAGGAUACUUGUGACUCAUCAGAUACAAUUUUUAAAGGAUGUUGAUAAAAUUAUUGUAAUGAAAGAAGGAAAAAUAGAAGCUGAGGGUAGUUAUGAUGAUUUAACUUCAAGAGGAAUCGACUUUGGAGCAUUAACAGAUGCUCCACUGCCUGAUGGUGAUACAAGAUCUUUGGCUAUGAGUCAAAAUAGUUCACGUCAUGCCAGUAUAAGUUCUCAUAACUCAAUUUUAACAAAUGGAACUAAAAAUGAUAACGAUAUUGAACCUGAAGAAGUUGCUGAAAUGCGAACCAAAGGAAGAGUUGGAGCUCAUAUUUUUUUAUCAUAUUUUACUGCUGGUGGUCACUGGUGUUUAAUAUUUGCUAUAUUUAUCCUUUGCGUUGGUGCUGAAGCAUUUGCAACUGGUGGUGAUUAUUUUAUUGCCUACUGGGUUGAUUUAGAAGAACAGUUUCCUAAUUCUACAAUGACAGAAUUAGACAACUCGAAUAGAUUUUUAUCUCGAGAAUGGUGCAUUUAUAUUUUUACUUGUUUGACAAUUGGUACAAUAACUGUAACAUUCAUUAGAUCGUUUGCAUUUUUUGGUGUUUGUAUGAGAGCAUCACGACGACUUCAUGAUAAAAUGUUUAGAAGUAUUAGUCGUGCUCCUAUGAGAUUUUUUAAUACAAAUUCUUCAGGGCGAAUAUUAAAUCGUUUUUCCAAAGACAUGGGUGCAAUAGACGAAUUAUUGCCAAUGACAUUUAUUGAUUGUCUUCAAAUUGGUCUUGGUAUGAUUGGAGUUAUAGUCCUUGUGAGUAUAGCAAAUCAAUGGCUAAUAAUUCCAACCAUUUUUAUUGGAAUAAUAUUUUAUCAAUUACGAGUUAUUUAUUUAUCAACAUCAAGGAGUGUCAAGAGACUCGAGGGAAUUACAAGAUCACCAGUUUUUAGUCAUUUAAAUGCAACAAUGCAAGGCUUGACGACCAUCAGGUCAUUUGGUGCUGAUAAAGUAUUAAUCAACGAAUUCGAUCAACACCAAGAUCUUCAUUCAUCAGCGUGGUAUAUUUUCAUUGCUGCAUCACGAACAUUUGGUUUUUGGCUUGAUGUUUUUUGUCUCUUGUAUAUCAUCUUAGUCACACUGAGUUUCCUGGUAUUGCCUGAAAGUAAUGAUGAAGGAUCAAAAAGUGGCAAUGUUGGUCUUGCAAUAACGCAAAGUAUUGGAUUGACUGGUUUGUUUCAAUGGGGUAUGAGACAAAGUGCUGAGCUUGAAAAUCAAAUGACAUCAGUUGAAAGGAUAAAUGAAUUUACAAAUCUUGAAAGUGAACCACCACUUGAAAGUUUACCUGAUAAAAAACCAAAAGAAGAAUGGCCAAAGAGUGGUAAAAUUGAAUUUAAAAAUGUCAACAUGUCGUAUGAUCCCGAGGAAGCUCCAGUAUUAAAAAAUCUCAAUUUUACAAUUGCUGGAAAAGAAAAAGUUGGAAUUGUCGGGAGAACUGGUGCUGGUAAAUCAUCAUUAAUAUCAGCAUUAUUUAGACUGGCAUAUAUUGAUGGUAAAAUUGAAAUUGAUGGAAUUGAUACUGGUGAAAUUGGUCUACAUGAUUUACGUUCAAAAAUAUCAAUUAUUCCACAAGAACCAUUUUUAUUUGCUGGUCGUUUAAGAAAAAAUUUAGAUCCAUUUGAUUCGUACGAUGAUAACAUACUCUGGUCAGCCCUGGAGGAUGUUGAGCUCAAAGAAAUGGAACUUCACGAAUACGUCAGUGAGGGAGGCAGUAACUUGAGUGUUGGACAACGACAACUUGUCUGUCUUGCCCGAGCAAUCAUCAGGAAUAAUAGAGUAUUAAUAUUGGAUGAAGCAACUGCCAAUGUUGAUCCAAGAACAGAUGAACUUAUACAAAAAACAAUUCGUAGAAAAUUUGCAGAUUGCACUGUACUUACAAUUGCUCAUCGACUCAAUACUGUCAUGGAUAGUGAUAAAAUACUCGUGAUGGAUGCUGGAACAGUUGUUGAGUUUGAUCAUCCACAUGUGCUUCUUCAAAACCCUGAUGGUGCACUUAGCAGUAUGAUCAAUGAAACUGGUAAAGCCAUGGCUAACAGCCUUAAAGCUGUGGCUCUCGAUCAUCAUCAUCAUCAUCAUCGUCAACGACCAUCUACAACGUCUUUGUAAAUUCAAUUAAAAAACCAUCAGCUCAACGAACAUAAGUAUUUUUUUUAUUAUUCAAGUUAAUUAAAAUAAUAGUCUGAAAGUUUUAAAAAAUCAACACCAUAAAACAAGAACAAUUGCCUUGUACUUAGCUCUUAUAUUGUACUCUAUUAUUUUUUAAUAAAUCUAAAAAUUUAUUCUAUUUACAAAAAUAAUCUCAAACAGUUGCAUUGUUUCUUUUUUUAUUUAUCUCAAUAAAUUACAUUUUAAUUAUAUAUUGCACUUGAAAAAAUACUCAGCCUGGCAUCUGUAUGAGAGAAAUGUAUUGACGAGUAAAAAUAAUAACAAUAUACCACAAAAUUGUCAGUAACCACCAGUCCACCACUGUACUCAACUGUACUGAUGUGAUCAAAUACUGGGUUCACAUUAUUUAAGCAAUAUUUAAAGAAUUAUUUAAGUAAAUAUUGCAAAAUAAAAUAAAAAUGAUUAAUCUAAAAAUAAUUACUCAAAAAAAUCAUUCAAUGACUGAUGCAGAUAACAAAUAUUACCUUGGAGAACUAAUGUUUUUAGUUUGUGCUAAAAAAAAACUCAUCGUAAUCGGUAAGGUUAAAUUAUUAUCAACAACAAAACAGAACAGGAAAAUAGACGAUUAAAUACUUGAUAAUUAUUUAAAAAAUAUUUAAAAUAAAAAAAUACCAAUUAUGUAUGUUUUAAAUUGCAGUAUUAUAUACAAACUAACAAUUAUUACAGGUGAAAAAACAAAAAAAAAGAC